CAAAUAACUAGAAAAUGAAACUAAAAGUAAGUUUAAGCAAAUUGAAAAAAAAACACAAGAAACAUAUUGUUCAUCCUCAUCUAUUACGUUUCUUGGACUCAUUAUCUUGCAUGAACAUACGCGAUGGUACGUUAAUAUGUGAAUUAACUGUAAAGUGAAGAAAAGGGUGAAUUGUGAAGCAGCGAAUGACGAUUCUAUUCCCUUCCUGAUCAUGUUCAAGCGACAAGUAAUCGACACGUGGCACUUUAAGAUUUGCUGAAACUGUAAAACUCCUCAAUAAGAUUCUAUCUCCGUGACGACUUGUCCUUAUAAAUCUUCCACUCGUUGUCUUCCUUUUCCCUCAAACCUUCACUUGUCUUUCCCUUUCUUUUAUAAAGAGUAUCAAAAGCUUUUAUCAUCAUCACAGCAACAAACUCAGAAUAGGAGUUCGAGUCUCUCUAAUUAGGAACCAAUCAGCAAUCGGAAAAAAUGAAGGGUGGUUUGCUUGUGGACGAUAAAUUUAUACACGGGCAAGACAAGAACCUGACUGUUCGAAAAACUUCUCUCUUUUUCGCGGGAGAUGGUUUCACGGUUUACGACUGCAAGGGCUCUUUGGUCUUUCGCGUGGACUCUUACGGUGGUCCCAACAACCGCGACACCGACGAGGUUGUCCUCAUGGACGCUCACGGUCGCUGUCUCCUAACCCUCCGGCGAAAGAGGCCGAGUUUGAGACGUAGAUGGGAAGGGUAUCUCGGGGAGAGAACAGAAGGUCAAAGACCGAUCUUCGGGGUGAGGAGAUCGUCGAUAAUCGGGAGGAACAGCGUGACGGUGGAGGUUUACGCUGAGUACGAGUGCAGCGAGUACCUGAUCGAAGGUAAUUUCGGGCAGAGAAGCUGCACGGUGGUGGAGGCCGAGACGAGGCGGAAGGUGGCGGAGAUACGUCGUAAAGUGGAUGCGUCAACGAACGUGAUGCUUGGGAAAGACGUUUUCUCGUUGAACGUGAAGGCCGGUUUUGAUGGAGCCUUUGCCAUGGGAUUGGUCCUUGUGCUUGAUCAGAUCUACGGUGACGAUUUCGUUGAGGUUGGUGAGGAACAGGUGCACCCUUCCGCAGAUGAUCAUUGAUUUCUUCUUUCCUUUUUUUUUUUAUGGGUGGGAAACAAAAAACGAGUGGAAUUAAUAAUAGAUAUCUAGUUGUGAGUUUCUGUCGGCUUGAAAGGAACGAUUUGGACCAAUAUAUCCUGUCUGUCACUUGCUGUGGUUUGAUUUUAUUUGAAUUACUCUCUAUGUUACAGCUAUUUAAUUCGGAUAACAAAAGGUUUUAAUGUCUUAAUAAAAGAGUUAGUUAGUUGUGGAUAAAUAAAAUAUGUUUUCUUUUGCCAAUUUAAUCCCUUUUUGUUGGUGAGGUAGGCGAGAAGUUAUAGGUUAUCUCCAACGAGUUCAGAAUUUACAUUAGUCAAUAUACGAAGCUAUUAGCAUAAAGGAUGUGUCACAUCUCUUUUUUUUUUUCUCUCAAU